UUUCAUUACUCAUUAAGUCAUUAGUCAAAAUAUGGAAAUCAUCCGGCCAAUUAGAAGUAGAGCUUCUUACUCGUAUACUCUUUAAAUACUUUCGACUCCCUUCAAUUCACUCAUUCUACUCGUUUUCCGAUUCUCAAUUUCAUUGCUCUCUCAAAUUUUUCCUUCGCCUUCCCCCAAAUUUCCUCGGCCUCCUCUCUUCCUCCAAGCUAAAUUUUCAGGACUCCAUGUCUAAUAUCAAUCUAAAGAAGAAAAAUUUGUGGAUUCUUUUGUUUGAGUUCUGUUUCAUCAAGAGGGGACGUUGGUGGUGGGGUCCGUAAACUUUCGACGUCCAUUUGAUCAUUGGAGAGUGGGUUUUGACCAUUAAACUCACUCUUUGAUUCGAUUGUUGAUUCAUAAUAUUCAUCAUCCUUUUUUCUUCUUCCUGCUGCUGCUGCUACUACUUGCUGCGACGUUACGCUUGAUUAGUAUUUUGAUUAUUGUUCUAAAGUGAAUUCAAGUAUUUUGCAUUUCAAAAUUAGAUUUUAAGUGACGAAAAAUUAAUUAAAAAGGAACAGCUUGUUCCUUGUUGGUAGUGAGUUAUGGAAGGUUUAUUGAGCUGUAAAUCUCUUCCACCGGGGUUUCGAUUUCACCCCACGGAUGAGGAGUUGUUUAUGUAUUAUCUGAAGAGGAAGGUUUUGGGAAAAUCACUGAGUCCUGAGAUGAUUGCUGAGGUUGAUGUGUAUCAGUUUGCUCCAUGGGAUCUCCCUGAUAUGGCAAGUCUGAAAUCUAGGGAUUUGAAUUGGUUUUUCUUCUGCCCUCGAGCAAAGAAAUAUCCUAAUGGAGGAAGAGCUAACAGGGCAACUGAUUAUGGGUACUGGAAGUCUACUGGUAAUGAUAGGACGAUGAUUUACAAUUCACGUCCUGUGGGAAAGAUCAAGACUUUGAUCUUUCACAAAGGGAAGCCACCUAAGGGUGAGAGAACUGAUUGGGUGAUGCAUGAGUAUCGUUUAGAGGAUAAGAAUUUGGCUGAUGCAGGCAUUUCCCAGGAUUGUUAUGUGAUCUGUAAGAUUUAUAAGAAGAGUGGUCUUGGGCCAAAGAAUGGGGAGCAUUAUGGGGCCCGCUUUGUAGAGGAAGAGUGGGAAAGUGAUGACGACGAUAAUGUGCUGGAGAGAGGCUCUGAAUCUUUGCUUUGUGAUACGAAUGGUGAGCGUGUCGCUGAUAGCCCUGAUGGCGCGGUUUCAGUUCUUACUGAGUCUGCGCUUACUCCAAAUGGUGCAAUUGCUGUAGAUCUUCCAAUUGUUGUUGCUCCACCACCAAUCGUUUCUACUGCUUUUGUGGGUACCCAAUGCAUAAAUGCUGCAUCUGGGGGUACACCUUAUGUUACUGAUACUGGUAGGAGUACACCAGUUGUCGUUUCAAAUGCUUGUACUCCAUAUGUUACUGAUACUUGUACGACUACACCAAACAUCUCAAAUCCUUCUGUGGGCUCUCUUGGUGCUUUUACUUCUGUCAAUUCUCUGGAUGCUCUUGCUUAUCCCAUGGGUUCUACGAGUCAUGCCGAGAUUUCUGCAACCCCUUAUGAAGACGAGAUUGAUAGGCUGUUGUCACACUUUGCUGAGAAGGUGGAUGAAGAUGCUGCUAUUUUCAAUGGGUUGGGGGAUUUGAGUAAUUCUUCUGCUUGGGUUAACUUUGAUUGGAAUGACUUGGUUACUAUGGAUGAUCUCAAAUGAUGGAGAAUCAUGACAGUCUAUGCAGAUUCUGUUCAUGAGGGGUAUACUUCUCAAAGAAGCUCGUUUGAGUUAUGCAUUUAUGUUUCCGCUUUUAUGCUUUUGUAGUUGCUUGUUAUUGUUAUUUGGUAUGAUCUUUUCAAAGGGAAUGAGUUUCUGAAUUCCCAAAACUAAGAUUGUACUAUUGUAUUAUGUAUUUGUUAAGGUGACCUGAAUCUUUAUAUGAAAUUGUCUUCGUGUCGAUCGUGUUAA